CGCGGGCUCGUGGUAUGUUCUUGUGGAUCAACCGGAAGACUGCCUGAAAGCGUCAAGCUGUUGAAGCGCUUGGUGAAAGAUGAUAUUUUCGACUUUGUCCUGACGUUUGCGGGCGUGUCAACCAUGGAUCCAGUCGUUGUUCCUGCGUUGAAUCGCUUCAUUGAGAAUGUCUAUGUAUACGACUUGAAGAUCUGGGACGCAUUGGAGGAAUCAUUUGGAGAGGACAGACACGCCCUCAAUCAGUCACCUGUAUUUCUCUCAUUUGCCGACAUGAAGACUAACGAGAAUAAGGUGCGAAAACGCGUGGUCGACACCAGAGUUCUCGCAUACUCUAAUCUCAAGGAUGGGCGACCUUGGGGCCUCGACAUCUACCGGUGUGGGAAUGUGAGAUGCCAGGCACCUGCGUACAAUAUGAUCUUCCAUCCACACGGAAAGCAAUAUUAUGGGAAGCACUGGUUGCAGACCAAGAUGAGAUAUUCAUGUUUGGAAUGCGGUACCACGCAGAGGUCCAUUGUCUGUCCCACUUGGAUACAUGCGGCUAGGUCUCAGAACUAUGGACGGGUAUGGUACCAGUGGCCCCUCAGCGCCGACCAGAAAAGCGAGAUUGGCAUUAUAUCCUGA